GUGUCUCAAUAUGGUAGGUAAGGAGGCCAAUAUUGAGAUAUGAAUAUUCUCAACUGCCCUGUUGACUCGCGCCGCUGGUAGAUCGAUAACAUCAUAGAUUGUACCCCUUAUGUUGGUUGUUAUCAAACUAACAGGUAUGCUCAAGGUAUAAAUAUUAACGAAUUCCUCUGAGCAUACAAACACUGUGGACAAUUAAUUUUCAAUGGGUGACUCGAGUCCCCGCUCGGGGAAAGAAUUCAGUAAGGUGUCCCCCGAAAAUCGAUGGGUGGAGAUUCAGAGAAAGACGUUUACGAACUGGAUUAAUGAACAACUGAGUGUAAGUGGGAAGGCCAUUACGGAUAUUGAGACGGACUUUUGUGAUGGGGUGAAUCUAGUAGCUUUGGUGGAGUCUUUGCAGUUUAAGAAGAUCGGCAAAGUCAUCGCUAACCCCACGGGGCGGAUCCAAAAGAUUGAAAAUGUAUCAUUGGCGUGUAAAGCCAUCAUGGAGGACAACGUCCGCCUUGUUAAUAUUGGAAAUGACGACAUAGUUAACGGUAAUGGAAAGUUGAUUCUUGGGUUGAUAUGGCAUCUUAUUGUUCGUUAUCAAAUCUCCUCCCGGAAGACCAAGGUCCCACCCAAAAAGCUGAUGAUGAACUGGUUCCGGCUCAUACUUCCGGAUCUCGAGAUUUCAAACUUCACAUCAGACUGGAGCACUGGAAUUCCUCUACAUGCUCUUGUGGACUACCUUCGGCCAGGCACAUCCCCCAGAUGGAGGGAACUUCAUAGCAAAGAUGCGGUUGAGAAUUGUCGAACAGCGAUGGUUUUAGCCAAAGAACAUCUUAACAUCCCUCGAGUUAUCAGCCCAGAAGACUUUGCCAGCGAGGCUCUGGACGAGUUAUCUGCCAUGACUUACCUCUCCUAUUUUGUGAGGUCAGAAUCCCCUGGAUAUUAUGACACCUUAAACUGGGUUUGCAAGCAGUUAAGGACAACACAAAUUACCAACCUUACGACCGAUUGGAACGACGGUUAUAACCUCUGUGCAGUUGUGACGUCACUGGGAGGAACAAUAGAGAACUGGCCGGAUAUUAAUAGGGAUGAAAAAAUAAACAACAUUCAAAUGGCAAUAGACGCUGGAAAGAGAAUGGGCGUGGAUCCAAUCUUAAGUGCAUCAGAAAUAGCAGAUUCUAAGAUCGACCACCUGAGUAUUAUGACUUACUUGAACAGAUUCCGAUAUGCGACUCCAGUUAAAUCUGACAACGAGAAAUUGACGAUUCAAGGGGACUUCGACAGCCUUCUUACAGGAGUGCAGACACAUUUCAAACUUAUAAUGGCGGAUAAGGAUGUUAAAAAAGAACUCGCUAACGUUCAAAUCAAGGGUCCGAGAGGAAAUCAAAACUGUGACGUCACUUGGAAGGAUAAGUUUGCGGAUUGCCGCUUCACACCUGUUGAUCCUGGUUCAUACGCGUUAACUGUUUCAUACAAUAGUACUCCCUUAGUUACCUGUCCAGUGAAUUUCAGUGUAAAGGCUGAUCUGUCAAAGGUUAAGCUUCGAACACCGUCUUCUUCAUGCAUGGUUGGAUCAACGAAUGAAAUUGAGGUCGUUUCAGAAUCUGAAAGCACUGAGGUAUCUAUUGAAUGUUGCUCACCGAAUGACGAAGUAAAACCGUUGACUACUCUGUUUGAGAACGGUGUAUUCACUGCCAACUUCCGACCAAAAUCAGUGGGUCUUUGGAUCGUUCAUGUGUUCUGUCAAGGGGAAGAAAUAUCCAGUAGUCCCAUUUCCUUUGAUGUGUAUGAUCCUCAGAAGGCUUGGUUAUCUGGACCACAAAAAGGCAUUGUGGGGGAGGAAGCUGUCUUCACAGUGAACUUCAGCGAAGCGGGUAUAGGUGAAAUUGAGGCUGCUGUGCGUAAUGUUGGUAAAGAGAUUGAUUGUGAGGUGAAAGACACAGAAUACAGUGGGGUGAAGACAAUAGAAUUCAUACCUCAGAAUUCUGGAAUGUUCUUCGUGUACAGCAAAUUCAACAAUACAGAAAUAACAGGAUCUCCAAAGAGCAUAGAUAUUCUGGACCCUGGACAGAUUUUGGUGACGGGGGAAGGUUUGACACGGGGGAUGAAGGGGAAGGAAUGUAUGUUUCAAGUGAACACAGGGGAUCUUGGAGGAAAUAUUCACGUGGUAGUAGAAAAUGAAGGGAAAGAAGUGGACACGUCGUGGCGAGAAGCUGGAUCCUCCACUUAUAUCUUCUCCUAUGUACCAACCAGGGCAGGAACCUAUAAAAUUACAGUCUUAUGGGACGACAGGCCAGUUCCAGGUAGUCCGUUCUACGCAAAAAUCACAGACAGGUCCAGAGUGACACUAAUUACUGAUUUGACUGACUUGAUGGAUGAGAAUGGUGCUCUAGCGUUGGUGUGUGGGGUGGAAACCUGUCUGAAAUAUGACAUCAGCUCGGCUGGUCCAGGUAGAAUGUCGGCAGCCGUUUUAUCGCCCAGAGGAAAAUUAAAAGUAGAUCUGCGGACUGUGAAAAAGGAGGAGGUAGAGGUUGCCUUUACUGCAGUAGAGGAGGGAGACCAUUACAUACAUAUAUACUGGUCGGAUGUACCUCUGGAUUCGUCGCCAAUUCUCUCCUACUGUCCAGGUCCCAUACUUCCGAUUGAUCACACUAAGGUUGUCAUUGAGGGCAAAGGUAGAGAAACGGCGCGCGCAUUAGUUCCGGCAGAAUUUCUCAUAAAUGGCAGACAGGCUGGUCCAGGGACUCCUCGGGCUUUAUUGAAAGGUGUCAAACGAGAUGUUGAUGUGGACAUUAAACCUAUGAAGUAUGACAGAUACAAAUGCACAUAUAUCGCUCCAAAUCCAGGGGCUUAUGUUUUAUUCGUUUAUUGGUCCGAACAACUUGUUCCCGGUUGUCCAUUCAAGAUAACAGUUUCAAGCAAAGGAGCAAGUGAUAAAGUAAAGGUUACGGGUCAAGGCCUCAGAGGAGGUUAUGUUGGCCAAGAAUUGCGCCUCGAUAUCGAUACAACAGAAGCUGGAUUUGGUGAGAUCAAGGUUAACUGUCAUGGUGAAUUAAGGGAAGCAAGAUGUGAUGUUUUCAAUCAGCGUAAUGGUUUUUAUAAAGUACACAUGUACCCAAGGGAGGCGUGUCGAUACAGACUGGAGAUUACUUAUGAUCAUGAACAUGUACCAGGCAGUCCCUUUAAAAUUCCUGUGGGAGAGCCCCCUGAUCCACGCAAAGUGAAAGUUUAUGGACCUGGGGUGCAGGAUGGUUUAGUUCAGACAUUUGAGAGUAAAUUUCUGGUGGAGACCGUGGGCGCAGGCGCCGGUCAGUUAGCGGUCAGGAUCAGAGGACCACGAGGUGCAUUUAAAGUUAACAUUCAAAGGGAAGAGGAGAAUGAUCGAACUGUGUUGUGUUCGUAUGACCCGGAAGAACCUGGAGAAUACGUCAUAGGGGUCAAAUGGUCAGGACGUCACGUGAGAGGAAGCCCUUUCCAUGUGCAUUUAUUUGAAUCACAAUCUGAUUUGGACAAUUACCUCGGCAACAAGAGAGGAUUUUUCGUUGAAAAAACCAAAGCUAACUUGCAAUGGCGUGCAGAAAUUUAGAAUUGUUUGUAAAUAUAAUAUACUGAGUAUUUAUUUAAUAAUAAAGUUUACAAGAAUGAUAAGACUAAAA